AUGGCAGGUACGGUGCGCGCUUUCCGAUAUCCCAGUCGCGAGCUCACGUUCCCCGCAGACUUGAACAGCAACAACUCCUUCGACUCGGGCGCGAGCCUGAUGUCCAACUUCAACAACGGAGCCUAUUCAAUGGAUCAUGCGUCCGCAUUCACGGCCAUCAACGAUCCUUCUGUUGCCGCCGCGUCUUCGCGCACCGUGUCCCCCAAGGACAUCUUCAGUGAUGGCUUUGGGUCUGCGCCACCAUCUACGGCGUUUACAAACUUGACUUCCCCCGAUAUUGGUGACUCUCCCUUUAUUCAAGACCCCUUCGAGUGCUCGCCCAUGUUCAACGGUGACGCCGUCAUCUCCGACACGAGCGACUGGUUCUCCUUGUUCCCUGAGCAGGAGACCAAGGUUGCUGACACCGUCUACGCGCCCGCCAUCUCCAUGUCUAUGGAGCGCACCGUCAGCAGCCAGUCGAUGGAGCGAUCUGGUUCCUCCAGCAUCGGCUCUCCUCUUGUUUUGGAUGCACACUCUCGAAGGAAGUCAUCUGUCACCAACUCACCUGCGACAAACGGCAUCAGCAAGUCUCGUCGGCGAAAGGGCCCUCUACCAAACAUCACGGUCGACCCUUCCGACAAGAUUGCCCUGAAGCGAGCGCGCAACACUCUUGCCGCCCGUGAGUCGCGACAAAGGAAGUUUGACCACGUCAGCACUCUCGAGCAGCGCAACUCUGAGCUCGAGGCUGAGGUCGAAAAGUGGAAGAGCAUUGCUUUGGCUCAUGGAUACAGCGGACAAUGA